CUUAGCAAACCAAGGCUAACAGAAAGGUCGCUCUGCCGCCCUUGAGACAAAGAACGCCUCUUUGUCUUCUGAGGUAGGGUCCGUUUCUGCCCGCGUAGCUUAGUUGGAAAGGGAGAAAGCCGAUCUGAUCCAAUAGCUGGAGGCUGAGAGGAGCGACAAGGCCCGCCGCUUGGAGGAGGCGAUCGAGUCAUUCAAGUUUUCUCCAGAUUUCACUACGGUCGCUAUGGAGCGGAUGGACAAGCUGGUAGUCGAGUGGCUCAAGACUGGGCCCGGUGUCCAAUGGAUGGUCAAGGAAGCAAAGAAGUCCUUCAACUGCGGACUUUUCUGCGCCGAACAGGUUUUCCGCAACAAGCUAGCUCUGCUUCCCAAAGGAUUCUCCUUCCCCGAUAUUGGUCUUCCUCCUCCUUGCUGUGCCUUGGCUGAGUUCGACCCCGGUCCUUACUUGGACGAGGGGAGCUCGAGUGCCUCUGACGAGGAAGAAGAAGAAGCUGUGCCGGGCGACCAAGACGGGCAAGGCGACCAGGGACCUGGGGCCAACUUGGCGACGUCCAAGGCGGGCGGAGGCGCCAGCUCGGGCAUUUGAUUUACCCCACCUCCCCCGUGUCUUUUUGCCUUUAAACUUGUAAAAACUUAUGAUUUUUGGGAGGCCUUGGUGUUUUGAUACAAUACUCCCAAGUUUGUUGUUUUGCUUUAUUCGUCACAUGCCUUUACUUUCUUGUGCUUUGUUGCUAUACUCUUUCCUUUAAGUUGACUUACCCU